AAACAACCCGAAAUAAGGGGAGAAUAUGUAGAACCAUGCUUUAGCAGAGGCUACUUAUCUGGUGGUCGGGAUAGCUUGAGGAGAGCUAGUUCUGGGCUAAAAAUGGAGGGAGAAGAUAUAGGGCCAGAGAUUGAGAGAGGUUACUUAUCUGGUGGUCGGGAUAGCUUUGGGAGAGGAGGUAGAUCUGCGGUGCAUGAUGUAUGCUAUAAUUGUGGAUGCUUGGGGCAUUGGGCACGUGAUUGUCCUUUAGCUGGAAGGCGUAGACCCUCAUUUUCAUCUCGUUCUUGGUUUGAAAGGGAUGACAGUGAGAAUUCUUUUGGGGAAGACCGUGAUCGAUAUGUGGACGAGCAAUAUGAUGGAGGACGAGAUAGAGUUAGGGAUCAUCGUCUAGAUAAUAAACAGGACAAGUAUGGAUGCUACAACUACCAUCAUAGCGACAGGGUGGCUUCUAGAAGAGGAACUUCCAAUGCAGAUAGUUCUUGCUCUCACUUAGCUGACUCUGAGGUUGGAAAUGUGACUGUGCGGUUGCCAAAUAGAAUGCAUAAACAUUGUGAGAAGUGCAAAAACGAUUCAUAUUCCCACGAGGAUCGAAAACAUAAAAAAUCGUCUUUUCAGAAUGAAGAGGGAGAGGGGGAUAGUGAAGCUUGUUUAUCGGCUAUAAACUUCUCUCUGGAUAAUUCUAGGACUAUGCUUUCAACCAUGGUUUUAUUGGAUGAGUUGUCAUUUAGGCAGGUGGAGAGUGAAAGAUUUCAGAAAUUUUGUCAAUCAUUACAGCCUAAGUUUGUCAUUCCUUCACGAGUUACAGUGAUAAAAUAUUGGUAUCAAAUAUAUAUGAGCAAGAGAAAGGGUCUGAAAAAUGUCUUCACACAGAAUUGCCAAAGAGUUUGCUUGAUUAUUGAUAUUUGGACCUCCGUUCAUGAAGAAAAUUAUAUGGUUUUAAGUGCUCGCUUUAUUGACAGUGGUUGGAAUUUGCAUACGAGGAUUUUGAACUUUUGUCAAAUAUCUAAUCACGAAGGAGAGACAAUUUGUAGAACAACAGAGAAGUGUUUGCUUGAAUGGGGUAUCAAUAGUGUAACCACUAUAACUGUUGAAAAUGCUGGAUCCAACGAUGCUGUAAUAGGUUAUUUGAGGAAAAAGUUCAUAGCACCGGGUUCUAUGGUGUUAAACGGGAAGUUCUUGUAUGUGAGGUCAAUUUCCCAUGUACUCAGGUUGUUCAUCAAUGAUGCUUGGAAACACCUGUACAAGUCUAUAGUCCAAAUUCGUGAUGCUGUGAAGAAUAUUACAUCUUCCCCUGCAAGGUUACAAACUUUUAGAGACUUUGACCAGAAGAACGGUCUCCCUACAGAGGAACUUCUCUAUAUUAGAUGCACCGACAACAUGGGAUUCCAUAGAUGUGGUUGUAGCGGUUUUGAAGUUCCAAAGAAUAUUUGAGAGGAUAAAAGAUCAAGAUCCAAGGUUCUUUUUGGAAGUUAUACCUUCACUUGAGAAUUGGGUAAAUAUUUGUGCAUUUGUCAAAUUGUUGAUGGUUCUUCUUGAAGUUGAUUCAAGGUUUUCUGGAUCUUUAUGUGUCACUCCAAAUGAAUAUUUUCAUAAGCUUUCCUCGAUACAAGCGUUGAUUCGAGAAUA